AUGUCUAUCAACAAACAUGAAGAAAAUAGCCGUACUGUAGCCACCAGGGACUUCACUGAGCGAAGCAUAGUGGCCACAGCACCACUCAGACCAAUGCCAGCCUCAGCCACUGCUCUACCAAUCGGUGCAUUUGCGACAACUCUUACCACUUUAUCCUUGAGUUUGAUGGAGUGGCGGGGUGUCAUAAUAGUUAACGUAUACGUCGCAAAUUUCUUCUUCGUUGCGGUUUUUGGCCUCUUGAUAUCUGCUCAGUGGGAGCUGGCGGCUGGCAACGGAUUAGCCUACUCUGUUUACAGUGCAUUCGGUCUGUUCUAUGCAGGUUACGCGGCAAUCUUGACGCCUUCUUUCGGCAUCGCAGAAGCGUAUGGCGACGAUGUGACACAAUACAACAAUGCUUUGGGAUUUUUCAUGAUCAUAUGGAGUGUCUUUGUCUUGACUUUCCUUAUUGCCUCACUACCCACAAACGUCGUUUUUAUUCUGAUUUUCGUAUUUGUCGAACUCGGGUUUCUUUUCGUAGCUGCCAGCUAUUUUUCUACUGCUGAUGGCCAUCUCGCGGCCGCUAAAAGAUUGAAGCAGACAGGAGGGGUGUUCUGCUUCCUGGCAGGACUUGUCGGAUGGUAUCUCACGACCCACUUGUUGAUAAAGGACUCUAUUGUGGAGCUCCCACUUGGAGAUACCUCCAAGUACUUUAAAAAGGCAUGGAAGCAGGAGUAG